GCAAAAUGGCGGCGCUUGACGUCAUCCUGGCCGCCCGAGAGGCUGCCUCGGCUUUCGAGACAGGGAGGUGUCGGAAGCGGCUUCUCGGUUGCUGGCGGAGGGGAGGGAGGCUAGGCCGGCGCCAUGGAUCGCUUCUCGUGGACCAGCGGCCUCCUGGAGAUCCACGAGAACCUGGUCACGCAGCAGCGCGGGGUCCGCCUCUACGACGGGGAGGAGAAGGUGAAGUUUGAGGCAGGAGUAUUGCUGUUGAGUACACACAGGUUGAUAUGGAGAGAUCAGAAAAAUCAUGAAUGUUGUAUGGCUAUCCCACUUUCUCAAAUUGUCUUCAUUGAAGAACAAGCAGCUGGGAUAGGGAAAAGUGCCAAAAUUGUAGUCCAUCUUCACCCAGCAUCUUCCAACAAGGAUCCUGGCCCUUUGCAGAGUAGUAAAUAUUCUUAUAUCAAACUUUCAUUCAAAGAACAUGGUCAGAUAGAGUUCUAUAGACGGCUAUCAGAAGAGAUGACACAGCGGAGAUGGGAGACCAUGCCUGCUUCUCAGACCAUUCAGAUAAACAAACGUCCACAGACUGGAAAAAUAAGAGCUGCAGGAAUAGUAGGUAUUGAGAGGAAAUUAGAAGAAAGAAGAAAGGAGAUGGAUAAAAACAUAUCUGAGGCUUUUGAAGACCUCAGCAAACUAAUGGAAAAGGCUAAAGAAAUGGUGGAAUUAUCCAAAUCGAUUGCUAAUAAGAUCAGAGAGAAGCAAGGUGACAUCACUGAAGAUGAGACUAUCAGGUUUAAAUCCUAUCUCUUGAGCAUGGGUAUAGCUAAUCCAGUUACUCGGGAAACCCAUGGAUCUGGCACACAUUACCAUAUGCAACUGGCAAAGCAACUAGCUGGUAUUUUACAGGCACCACUAGAGGAGCGGGGAGGAAUAAUGUCGCUCACAGAAGUGUAUUGUUUGGUGAAUCGUGCUCGAGGCUUAGAGUUGCUUUCACCUGAAGAUCUAGUAAACGCAUGUAAGAUGUUAGAAGCACUGAAAUUGCCUAUAAGGCUACGUAUAUUUGACAGCGGUGUUAUGGUGAUUGAGCUCCAGUCCCACAAUGAAGAAGAAAUGGUGGCUUCUGCUUUAGAAACUGUCUCUGAGAAGGGGUCUCUCACAGCAGAAGAGUUUGCAAAGCUUGUAGGAAUGUCUGUACUUCUAGCCAAAGAGAGGCUUCUUCUAGCAGAAAAGAUGGGCCAACUUUGCAGAGACGAUUCUGUGGAAGGCUUGCGAUUCUAUCCAAAUUUAUUUCUUACCCAAAGUUAACAAUUUCCCCUUCCCAUCAAAUUCCAUUAGAAUGAUCUUGGACAUUCUGUACAAAAGAAUGUAGAGUGAUGUUCCUUUUUCCCAAAGAGGAAGAGGACUUUCUAAACUGGCCGCAGUCAUGACUUGCAGUCUGUUUGUGUCUUUGGACAAAUUCACAUGGAGGAGUUACUUGACAGGCUACCUGGCCAUUUUGUUUUUAAUUACGGAGGAAGGAAAUGAUGCAAUUCAGGAAAGGAUUGUCACCAAGGCCUGCUGCAGGAGUUGGCAGAGUACAAUGCACGCUGCUUCCUUAUUGUAUUGUUGUUCUUUCAUUGUUUUGCAUCUGCACCUCUAAAUCAGUCACAGAUUUGCAGCCACAGAUCACUUGUAUAAGUGUAAUUCAAAAUCACAAUGUGGUUGCUCUUUCCAGAAUUAUUAAUUCCCUUGGGAAAUACAGACUCCGAAGCAGCAAAACCUCAGUCCGCGCACUUGCCUACAAAUGUCCUGCAGAAUGAUUAAAUCUGUGUUCCUGAAAAAUGUGGAGCUUAUGUGUUGCUUGUACUGAAUGUAAAGGGUCUUUGUGAAUUCAUGUGGAUUUCCUUCCUUCCGUUCUUUGAUUCUCAGCUCCAUGAUAUGUUGCUAUUUUUGUCCAUUCUUUUGCAUAGCUGUGAAGGAGGGCAUUUCGCCAUCUCCCUUUAGAACAGUACAAUGGAUUAUUUUCCCUCAUUAAAAUAAUCAUUUGAGGACCCACCAUUGUGAAGGAAAGACUUCAUGUGUGUGUGGAUAUUAUUGCUAUGUUAGUUUCUGUAUCUAAACAUGAAAUAAAUGCUAAUAUUUGGCUGAGAA